GCCAGCGGAAAGGGGCUGAUAAAAGCUCCGCAGUUCCUUUCCACACACCAGCCCGGCUGACAGACCUGCCAGCACCAUGAAGGACGACGUGGCUCUUCUGGCCACUGUCACCCUCCUGGGAGUCCUGCUGCAAGCCUACUUCUCCCUGCAGGUGAUCUCUGCACGCAGAGCCUUCCGCGUGUCGCCGCCGCUCACCACCGGCCCGCCCGAGUUCGAGCGUGUCUACCGAGCCCAAGUGAACUGCAGCGAGUACUUCCCGCUGUUCCUCGCCACGCUCUGGGUCGCCGGAAUCUUCUUUCACGAAGGUGCGGCGGCCCUGUGCGGUUUGGUCUACCUUUUCGCGCGUCUCCGCUACUUUCAGGGCUACGCGCGCUCGCCGCAGCAAAGGCUGGCUCCCCUGUACACAAGCGCGAGCGCGCUCUGGCUGCUGGUAGCGAUGGCGGCGCUCGGCCUGCUAGUCCACUUUCUCCCGGCCGCGCUGCGCGCCUCACUCCUUGGACCGUUCCGGACGCUGCUGCCCAGGGUUUGAGAUGGAGGACGCCAGGUUGACGGAACCGGAGAAAAGCCAGAGCUUCCGGGAGGACAAGGGAGGGGGUGCUCUCUUUAUCCUUAAUCUUCAAUUAAAGUGCCGGUGACCGGGCUCCGAAUUCACUCUCUAGGUCGGAGGGGAUCGCGCACUGCGGGCUGUGGAGCCCAGCCCUGGGCCGCAGCGGUCGGGUAGGCUUCCUGGGUGUGGCGCUGCAGAAGAAAAGGGUCCUCUCGGCCGGGCCCACGGCCGCCCUUUCCGUCGGGGCUCACCCCACGGCUCCUUCUCCCCGCGUUCAGCGCUGUAGUCGCCUGUCUACUCCUCUGAGGUCUGCCCUUUCACUGUUCCCCAGCCGCCCUCUUCCCCGUCCCCUGGCUUUCACAGCUGACACCGGGGACUUUCCUCGGUCAGCACUCGGUCCCUGUCAACUGGCACAGUGUGGAUGUUCAGGGCACCCUGCCUCAGAGGCAUGGGGGCGACGACCAACGUGGUCAUUGUAGUUGUGACGGGCGCUCUCAGGGAAACGUCCAGGUGCCCUGUGGGACCAGACCUGGGGAAGGCCUGCAGGCCGGGCAGACCGUCCCUAAAGAGGUGAUUGUUUUUUUAGCUGCGUCCGUGGAGAGGAGCUUUCCAGGCAGUGAACAGGCCCCGAGGUGGGCAGGAGACCCU